AUGAGCAAUGCGUCUGGUCCAGCAAAGACCCCGCCAAACCUUUGGGUGGAGGCGUACGAACGGCUUCCCAAUGAACUCCGAACUAGCCUCAAGGCGGCCAGCGAUCCGGGGGUGGACGUACUGGAGGCAGUACUCCAAGCAGCGCAGAAGAGACUUCAUGAGAUGAACGAUGGCCGAUGGAAGUUCAAAAGACCCGGCGGAGGGGCAUUCAUUGUGCGAGACGCCAUGGAGAAAGUCAUCAAAUGGAUCGAUCGCUUCAAGGCAGUCGGCGACACGGUCGUCCAAUAUGACCCGACGCACGCCGCACUACCUUGGGCGGCAGUACGGUUUCUGCUGCAAGUUGCUGUAAACGACUUCGAGAUAUAUGGCGCUUUGGUCGAAAAUAUUGACUUUAUCUGUCGCUUGAUCAGGCGACACGCCAUAUCGGAGGCUAUUUACGCCAGGUACUCAACAUCGGCGAGCCUAGCUCUUCGAGAAACCUUGAUACUCCUCUACUCCAAAGUUCUGAGCUAUUUGGCCAACGCUAUCCGAUAUAUGGACCCGAAAGGACAUGUAAUCAGAAGCACAUUCAAAUCACCAAAGUCAUUCGAGAUCCAGGGAAUCGUAUCGUCAGACACAGAGGUCGACAAGUGCUUCAGACUGGUCCUUGCAGAGGUGGCGAUUGCAAGCACAGACGAUUUCAUCAAGAUCACACGGGUCUGGGAAAACUUGGAAGCACCCAUAGUGGAGAUUGCUCAGCGAGACGCUGCUGUUCAACGCGAGGCGAAGGAAAACGAAUGGCAAGAUUUCCUGAAAUGGUUAUCGCCCCUAGAUUUCCACGACCAACAUCGACAGAUUCGCGAUCGCAGGCUCGACGAGUCUGCAACAUGGAUUCUGGAUCACGAAGAAGUGAUUGAAUGGAAGAACUCACAGAAGUCCUCUGUUUUACUGAUCCACGGCAUUCCUGGGUCAGGAAAAUCCAUGCUCGCUUCGAAACUUAUUGACUGGCUGGGAGAUCAGUCCACGCUCCCCGGCAACGCCAAGGUGGCUUACUUCUAUUGCAAAAGAAGCGCUGCUGAACCGGAGAGACAGUGCCCAGGGCAUAUUUUAGGGAGUGUCUUGCGUCAGCUAGUUUCUGGAACAAGCAGCGCGCAAUCUCAAUUCCAGGAGAGUCUGCUCCAAGAGUUCAAGCAGCGCCGGGAAAAGGCUGCUAAGGAUGGUUUUCGCCUGCGCAGCUUGCAGCCUAAAGAGUCGAUCGAGAUAGUUCAGGGGGCAACGAAAACAAACGCCAUAUUCUUGAUUAUCGAUGCCUUGGACGAAGUGGAAGAAAGUCAGCGUCUUGAGCUUGUUGAGUGUUUAGUUUCACUUGCCCGAAACUCUCAGGAAGCGGUCAAAAUCAUUGUGACCAGCAGACACGAUACACAAAUUAUCAAUCUUUUGUCGGAGGCCAGAAAGGUCUCUAUAUGUCCUGGGGAUAAUGAAAAGGACGUCAGUCUUUUCAUACGACACAGCAUAGAAGAGAGAAAGCGAUUGAAGAUGGGAGUUCUUGGUGGUAACCCCUCCCGAGAAUUCGAGGACGAGCUGUACGAUUAUCUGAAACGCAGGACUGACGAGAUGUUUUUAUGGGCUGCGCUCCAGCUCGAACGUUUAUCCCUCAUCGAAUCAGAGGAGGACGCUUUGGAGACCUUGGAAAGCCUCCCUCGGGACUUGAAUGAGACGUACGAAGAGAUUAUGGGGAGGGUUGCGGUAUCUGGGCCAACCACUUCGCGCAUCGUGGCCAGCACUUUUCAAUGGAUGCUUCACGCCAAGGAAACUCUCAGUCUCGAUACCUUGCUAUGCGCGCUGGCUUCCAGAGAGUCAAAAUGGCCCAAUCACCUCGACGGAUCGUCACUUGUAAGAAUCUGUCGCAAUCUCAUCAUUGUAGACGAAGAAUCCAACAAGGUCCGAUUUGCCCACUCGACGAUUCAAGAGUUUCUACUUUCCAAACCCGAUUUUGCGCCGAUCAGGUCCCACGAAUCUAUAGCGGCAGCAAGUUUGUGGAUGCUCACCACAGACGACUUAAUCCACUUCCGGAGUGCGGCCCCGGGACUGGUUACACCUCUCCAAGACCAGCUUCGCAACUUCGUAUUCGACGAGAAAAAAGAACCCAGUCUUCAGUUCGAGUUCUGGCUGAAGGACGCACAAAUACUAUCCGAAGAGCUCGAGAGGGACAGUCUGCUGCGAAAGUAUUACUAUGGAACUGACAGUACCUCCCGCACUCCUCUUUUCAUGAUCUGCAUCUUUGGUCUGCAUGGCUUACUAGCCGAGCUCGAAGUUCAGGACUUUUCGUGGGAUCAACCAAACACAAAAUGCCACACGGGCUUGUAUCUCGCUGCUUCGUUGGGAAAUAGCCGCAUUGUUGAGUUUCUUAUCGGAAAGAAGGCCAACGUCAACGUCGGUUGCGGGCGUUAUGGCAAUCCACUCCACGCAGCGUGCUAUUAUGGCCAUGUUGACGUGGUUUCAAAAUUACUCGACCAUGGGGCUUGCGCCAAGAGAGCAGGCCCAAUGUUCGAUAAUGCUCUAGAUGCUGCAAUUAGGGGGGGCCACGAGAGUGUUGCCAAGAUACUUGUAGAGCAGGAAAUCUUUUCACUGGAUCAGGCGGGCAUUGAGGCGGUCAUGACGACUCUGGGGCACGCUGGUUUUGUCAAAGCAGUCAAAGAGCUUCAAAAGCUCAACAACACCCAACAACAACGCUCACAACUAAGACAACAUGUUGAAAAAGCCAUCGAGCUUGGUCGGAUUCAACAGCUUCGACGUUUACUUCGGGGUCAUUCAGACCCCAAGGAUCUAUUUCCAGCAGACGCCUUGGCACUUGCGGCUCUCAACGGAGACUUGGGCAUGAUUGACUUCUGCCUCGAUCACGGACUGGACAUCGAAGCUCGCGGCAGGUAUGGAAGACCUCUCCGAGCGGCCAGCCUGCAAGGUCAUCGAGCAGCCGUCGAGAAGCUGUUGAACCAUGGCGCCAAGGCGAGCGAUGGCGAUGCACUGGAGGCAGCGACAAUGAAAGGUCAUUUCCCCGUGGUUGAGGCCUUGCUCAAACAUCCGAGCGUCGUUCUCACACCAUCAAGGCUUCACUUCGGCUCCGCCGUCCGUAGCGCUUGUUCGCAUGGACGACUUGAUAUUCUAGGACAUUUGGUGACAGCUGGCGCGGAUCUCGAGCAAGUCGAACUUGAGAUGGGUAUCAUGGAGAUUGCGUCAAAAGCCGGUCACGAAAGAAUUGUUCAGUUUCUCGUGGCAGCCGGGCUGGAGUCUGCGCCAGAGCCUCUCGACCCUUUCUGGGGCACCUGA